GGGAGCGCGGGGUGGAGCGGCCGCCAUGGACUGAGCGCCGCCGACAUGGGGCCGCCGCUCGCGCUCCUUCUGCUGCUGCUGCCGCUGCUGCCGUGCGCCCCUCUCGCCGCCCCUGCGCCCCGCGCCCGGCCGCUCCCGGGGCUGCUGGGCUGCUUACUCGAGGACGGGCUGUGCAGACCCUCUGAGACCUGUGUAGACGAUGGAGUGUUUGGACGGUGUCAGGCGAUAGACAGACACCGCGAUGAAGGGUCGCCAGGGGUCCUGCGGCACCUGACAGCCGCCCUGCAGAAGCUCUCCCGCACAGGUCUCGCCUGGCAGGACGACCCCAGCCAGCAGGUGAUGGCCCGGGAGCUUUCGAGCCUUCCCCAGACCUACCCACGCCGGCCAGCAGCCUCCAGCGCAGCCAGGAGCUCGAAGUGGAAUGUGCAAGACGAGCAGAGCCUCCACCUAGAGGGCGAGGUGCUGGCCGAGGCCCUUCAGCGCUACCUGCCCUACUUAGAGGCCCUGUCCCAGGCUGCCGCCCCGCGCACGCUCCCCGGGCCGAAGCUCGACAGGCCACUGUUGCAGGGUGAGGACCCCCUUGCUGAGAGCGUGCUGACCUUCGUGGCCCAAACGUCCGCCCUGACCUACGCGCCCGCGUCCCGGGCUGCCAUCCCCGAGGGCCGCCCGCUGCACACCCUUCCCUGGCUCCAGCCUGAUGAGCUCAGCCCCAAGGCGGCCGGCAGUGUGGACAGGCAGCGUCUGGUUGCGGCGCUGGGCACCUACGCAGCUCAGAAGGCCCCCGCGGCCCCCAGGGAGGGGGACCCCGCCCUGCACCAACUUGUGCGGGAGUCUUGGAGAGCCCCUAGGCUGCUUCCGGCACCAGCUGCCCCCCCAAAGUGGCCUUCGCCUCCGGACCCCAGGGACGCCCCAGGCACGGACGAGGAAGCCCGUGUUCAGACGCUCCUGCAGGACCUGGGGAGGCACCAGGUUGGCGCGGAGGCUCUGAGGGCCCUGGACGUGGACGAGAUGGCCCGAGUCAUUGCCGACGCGAUGCCAAGCGGGGACCCGGAAGGGGAGCAGGGCGGUGCCAGGAGAGGCGGUGGCGCAGCCAGCGGGCAGACGGACCGCGCGGGAGCCGGAGCCACGCUCGGCAGAGGCGCUGUGCGAGAUAACAGGGGACCAGACGGCGGUGGUGGCGUCGACCAAGAGGUCAAUGGUUUGGGCAUUGAACUCGGGGACCCCCGGCAGGGUCCCAGCUCUCCAUUCCUGCCCGGAGCCCCCCCGCUUGAGGAGCCCCUCCAAACGGAGACCAAGAAGUCGGAGGCCCCCGAGACCCCCCUGUCUUCCGAGGAGGAGCACGCCGGGGUGGAGAAUGUGAAGAGUCAGACCUACUCCAGGGAGCUGCCGGGGGGGCCGCCGCCGGAGCCCUGGAUGCCGGCGGCCCUGCUGGGGGACCAGCGCCUCGGGGCUGGGGCCCAGGGGCCCCCCAGGCAAGGCCUGCGGCUGGAUGUCCAGUCUUCGGAGGAGGAGUUUGGCUACAUCAUGACGGAAGACGACUCCCUGCGCCUGGAGAAGGGGAUGGAGGUGCUGGCGGACGUGGCGCAUCUCCUGGAGGUGCCAGCCAGUGUCUUCGUGGACAUCGAGGUCGUGGGGCCAGCGGUGACCUUCAGAGUUCGCACCAACGUCCAGAAUGUGACCACGGCGGACGCUGCAAAAGCAGCAGGUGACAACAAGGACAAACUGGAAAAAAUGUCUGGGCUGAAAGUUCUUCAGACGGGAGUCGGCUCGAAAAGCAAACUCAGGCUCCUGCCUCACCAGGCAGAACCCGAAGACUCCACCAAGUUCAUCGUGCUCACCCUCAUCUCCCUCGUGGCCAUCGUGGGGGUCCUCCUGGCAUCCGGCGUCAUCUACUGCCUGCGACACAGCUCUCACCACAGGCUGAAGGAGAAGCUCUCGGGACUGGGGGGCAGCCUGGGCCCAGAUGCCCCCAGCGCCUACCAGGAGCUGUGCCGGCAGCGCAUGGCUGUGCGCACAUCCGAGCGCCCGGAGGCCCCGCACGGAUCCCGCAUCAACAGCGUGUCAUCGCAGCUCAGCGAUGGGCCGAUGCCCAGCCCCUCCGCGCGGAGCAGCACCUCGUCGUGGUCGGAGGAGCCCGUGCAGCCCAACAUGGAUAUCUCCACGGGCCACAUGGUCCUGGCCUACAUGGAGGACCACCUGAAGAACAAGAACCGGCUGGAGAAGGAGUGGGAGGCGCUGUGUGCCUACCAGGCGGAGCCCAACAGCUCACUCGUGGCCCAGCGGGACGAGAACGUGGCCAAGAACCGCUGCCCGGCGGUGCUGACCUACGACCACUCCAGGAUCCGGCUGAAUUCGGACAACAGCCACAGCAGUUCUGACUACAUCAACGCCAGCCCCAUCAUGGACCACGACCCCAGGAAGCCCGCGUACAUUGCCACCCAGGGACCCCUGCCGGCGACCGUGGCUGACUUCUGGCAGAUGGUGUGGGAGAGUGGCUGCGCCGUCGUUGUCAUGCUGACCUCCCUCUCCGAGAACGGUGUCGGGCAGUGCUACCACUACUGGCCGGAUGAAGGCGCCAACCUCUACCACGUCUAUGAGGUGAAUCUGGUCUCUGAGCACAUCUGGUGCGAGGACUUCCUCGUGCGGAGCUUCUACCUGAAGAACCUGCAGACCAGCGAGACGCGCACCGUGACCCAGUUCCACUUCCUGAGCUGGCACGACCAGGGAGUGCCUUCCUCCGCGAGGUCCCUCCUGGAUUUCCGCAGAAAAGUAAACAAGUGCUACAGGGGCCGUUCUUGUCCGAUAAUUGUCCAUUGCAGUGACGGCGCCGGCAGGAGUGGCACCUAUGUCCUGAUCGACAUGGUUCUCAAUAAGAUGGCCAAAGGCGCCAAGGAGCUUGACAUUGCGGCGACGCUGGAGCACCUGCGGGACCAGAGACCGGGCAUGGUCCAGACAAAGGAGCAGUUCGAGUUUGCGCUGACGGCGGUGGCCGAGGAGGUGAACACCAUUCUCAAGGCCUUUCCCCAGUGAGCCCUGCCCUGGGGGUGCUGUCUGCAGCCGCGAGAUAACGUCACCGCGUCUCCUAGUCUCACGUCGCCUGCCUAGUGAUCAGCUCCUUAAGCCUCCGUCGUCAGUACAGUUUAGCAGUUAACAUGUGCAUUUUUCCUCAACCAAAUAAUAAUUGAGAUCUGUGGGACGAAGCAAUCACGGGGGGCAAGAUCAGUUCAUCUAUUUUCACGUUCUUGAAAAAACAAAAUAUUUUUCCUUAAAGCACAGUCCACAUUCUUCGCCGCUGAUCGUGUCGCACGGAUGGCACCCGAAUGCACGCCGUUUGGUCCCCGGAAGAGAGCUGGCUUGUAACCCCCUAAAGGAAGGUCAGCCGGGCAGGGAGGGGCCCAGCGAGGCUGGCAGGGCACCGAGGGAGGCCACCAGCCAGAGAAAACGCCUUUGGCUUCUGUCUGGACGAGUUUGUCACCAGGAGAAAUCAGCAGCUUAUUCAGGAGCUAGAUGACAAAACGGUGGCAUCCUGCAGCUUGGGAGCCGAUAGUAAGAAAAUCGUCACAGCGCCUGGUUCAGUCCCCCGAGCUACGACAGCCCCUCUCCCUUUCUGCCCCCAAGGCAGGCAGGGCCCCUGGGAGCAGACGCUUCCCCCGCCACCAGCCCCCAGGCCAGCCACCCCCAGGACGGCCUCACCCAGGCAGGGGUGGGGCUUUCACGCUAAAUGGGGGUCUGCACUUGGCAAGAACACGCCGCUAACCCCGCAGGUUGACCGAAACCAGCGAAGGCAGAGCUGGGCAUGCCGUGGGCUCCUGGCAGGCAUCUCCGCUCCCCUCUGGGGCAGGCAAGAGGCCCGCUGGCGCCCACGGGAGACAGAGAUGAGCUCACCUCGGGAGAAAUGCGGGGAGAGAGACCACAUCGUCUGCUUUCACCUGCGUAGAACCCGAGCCCCUGGGGACCGGCGAUGGCCCGGCCCUGAGCUCGGGCUCCCAUCACGCACCGGCUCCUGCCAGACGUCACGGCAACAACGGGGAUUUGCCAGGCUCGCACCUGAGCCCCAGGUUUACUGCCCAAAGCCGAAGAAUACAUUUCAUUAACCUGGGAUGGUGACACCUGGGAAGACAUGCUGGCUGAUCUUGGGGGGCGGGGGGGGGUGUCUCGUUGGGAAGAAAACGCUCCUGGUAAUUCUCCCUCCAGCCGUCGACAGAGUCUCUCCAUCUCGGACAGAUGUGGCAGCUCCAAAGACAGGAGGGGGGAAUCGUGGCCGGCGGAACGGGGAGAAAGAUGCCAAAAUAUUAUCUGUGUCUUUGAAUGGUGUCGUCCCGUAGGUCCGCUUCCACAGCUCUACAAUUUCUCCCCCCAAGUGGUUUCUCUCUAUCUCGAAUCUAGAUAAUUAAUAGAACGAAUUGAUCUGAAUUUAGGAAUCGCAUACCUACGUGAAAUUUCUCACUUCUUACGUUUCUUCCAUGUGAGAUCUGAAAGCCUAUUCAAUUGUGUCCGAUUAAACUUCUGAUUUCA